AUGGCGCCACAGCGCACGCUUGGAAAGCUUGCGCUGGCUCUGUUUGUCACUACGGCGCCAACGUUCGUGCCGCAGGCCGGAGCCAGUUUGUCAUUCUCCCUGCACGGCAAGAUGGUUUUGCUGCAGGCGAAUCUUGGUAUGAGUCGUGGACGGCUCGCCAGCGAGGCAGAUGGGCUUGUGGCUGAUUGUGAGGGUCUGCGUGCAUCAUGCUUGCAGGCUGAGUUGGCCAGGGGGUGGCCGCGGCAGGUGGAGAAACCUCGCACGCAGCUGCGAGCAUGGAAUUUGCCCUUUGACAAGCUCCUGAGCAUCUCGAGCAUCGUCCUGGGCAUCUCGAGCAGUGUCAUUGCCAUAGUUCAGGUCCGGAGGGCGUUCCAAGAGUCUCGAGAGGGCAGGGUGCAAGCUGCCGUGAAGCAAAUAAUACAGCCCUACGAGCCGAAGAAGAACAAGAAGAAGCCGGUGGUCCACCGCGCCAUUUUCGAUGCCAUCAAGGACCAAAUUGCGAAUUGGAACUCGCACGCCACCAUCAUCACCGGUCGCUACGGCAGCGGCAAGUCUGUCGCAGUCAGAGACGUGUUGCGAGGCGUCCCGGGCGUCUUCGUCCACCCCAUCAAGGGCGCCGACUGGGAGGACAGGCUGUACGAGCGCCUGGGCCUGACUGGGCCUGACAUGCUGGAGGAGGUCCUGCGCCGGGUGCAGGCGCAGCUGGAGAAGCUGGAGGGCCCGUCGAAGGUGCCCAUCAUCGUGCUGGACAUCCCGCGCAAGACGAGGGAAGGCAUAGACGCUGUCUCCACCUUCGCCAAGUACCUGUGCUCCGACGACACUAUGGACGUGAUGGUGCGCGCAUCGUCGGCCGCCAUGGCCCUGAGCUUUGAUGCCGGCGGCAACCAACGCCAGCGAAACUUUUGGGUGGCGGACCUGACGGAAAACGAGGCUGAAACGAUGCUGGGUCUGUAUGGGUAUAAGAAUGAUUGGAAGAGUUUUACCUCAGCAUGUGGCUUCAACGCUUUGGAGUUGGUGGAGGCCUGUGAGCAAUACAAUGAAGCAGGGCAGGGCGGGCCGGCCACACUGGCGGCCAAAAGGGCGAAGGCGCGAGAGGAGGUGCUGCGCUUCCUGAACGGUUGCAAGAUGAAGACGCUGGGCGGCGUCGUUCCUGCUGGCGCAAAUAUUUUGAACGCCCUGGUGCAAGACCGCAGAGCUGGUGGCACGGGUGUCGGGGCAUUGACUGGCGGCAGCGUUGUGCUGCCAAGAGAU